GGUUUAGUCCAUGAUGUCAGACUCGCGACCACAACAAAUGUACCUGUCUAUUGAGCUCGCGCAGCGACGAGUUCAGCGACUCGACUGCCGCGUCGACUGCCGGUUUCACGUCAGUGAGAUGCGUUCCGUUUAAGAUGGCCAUUUUGAUCGGGAAAUGCAAUGGAUUGUCAGCGAAAAGCCAAGCGCCGAGCCAUGUGGUCUGGGGAACAUGCUCUCUUUAUGAUACUAUUUUCUGGCAUAACAUUACAAACGGAAACCAUGUCUUUGUGUGAAAAUGCCUCUCCCCCGGGGCAGCCGACAGACCUCGUAUCUCUCCGCGUUUUCCAUUGCGGGGUUCCGUUGGGUUAUCUCAAUGUCACAUCCUAUAUCGGGCAAACCGGAGGAAUCCAUUACUCAUGUGUCUUUGACUCGUCGGCAGAUAGGGAAUGGACAGCGCCUAUCUUGCCGAUGGUUACUGUUUGCAGCGAGAAGCGUGCUUUUAUCUCCGCAUUCGAGAUCUGGGGUGCGCCUUCUUUAUUUUGCUAUGGGGCACGAAGUACGUGAUAAAAAAGCAAUGUCCUAAUCAUCCUUGGUUCCCAGCCGAUUGGAUGGAAUCACGAGAAUACACAGCUGAAGCGCAUUCCCCGCGAGAAAUCGCCAAAGGACCCAAUGUCCCAUUGGUGUAUCUGCCGACGGCCCAGACCGACUGGCGUUUCUGGCCCAAAGGAAACCCAAAAGUCUAUCGGCAUAUGGUCUUUGCGUGUUGAUAAGCCGCGCAGCGAUGA